AAUAUGCCCCUCCACACGCUAAUCGCAAAAAUAACGGGCAGUCCCUGUCGAAGACUCAUACAUCGAACAAUUUUCGUGUGUCUCAUCGGUACUCCUUCAGGCACGGUUCAAUUAAGAGAAGGAUAUACACUUGCUUUAAAUAUGGCAUUCUCUUCAUUGGAAGCACCGCCGGUGCUUUCAACACCGGAAACACAUAUCUUCGAAGACCCUACGCCGACUACUUUCAACCCUUCGGAAGCCGCGCUUUCGCCCGAGGAAGUUUACACCCGCUACGAGAUCAAACGAACUGUCCAGGAGAUAAGGCAGGGAAAAUGGCGGAGAAUUGCGCUCCAAUUUCCGGACGAUAUGCUGCAAGAUGCACCAAAAGUGUUUGAAGCGCUAAGCUCCGGCUUAAAGGUCGCUCGAGAGACCGAGCCAUCUGAGCCUAGUGAUGCUUCCGACAAGGUCGAUCAGUUAGCAGAGGAGGUGCAGGAGGUGGAUAUCUCAGCUACUCGUGCUUCUGCCGAGGCAUCGCAAGAAUCGGACGAGGAAAAACUAUUCAUACUGGCUGAUACCUCUUAUGGCGCCUGCUGCGUUGACGAAGUUGCCGCCGAGCACGUCAAUGCCGACGUCGUUGUCCAUUAUGGCAGAUCGUGCCUCUCUCCGACUGCAAGACUGCCUGUCAUCUAUGUCUUCACUCGCCGCGAACUGUCGAUCGAGCACGUCCUACAAGCAUUUAAGGGAACUUUCCCUGAGAAGGCCCAAAAGGUCAUUCUCAUGGCAGAUGUAACCUACGCUCACCAUAUUACAUCUAUAUACGAAUUAUUGAAUAAGGACGGCUAUACCUCUCUAUAUGCGACUUCUAUAAUUCAUGACCCCUCGUCGCCUCUUCCAAAUCGAACCAUACCGAAAGAAGUUGUGGAUGACCACACGCUCCUCCAGGAAUACAAACUGUUCCACAUAUCUGAUCCGCCGCAGUCGUUGCUAAUGACUCUUUCUUCACGAGUUUCAGAUGUCUUUAUAUACCCUACCAAUACGCCGACUUCGUCUCCUCAGGCUUUACAAGCCUCGACAUCACUUGCUCUUCGCCGCCGCUAUGCAAUUAUAACGAAGCUGAGCACGGUACCGAUAUUUGGCAUUCUGAUAAAUACCCUCAGUGUGAAAAAUUACAUUCACAUUGUGGAUCACGUCAAGGAGCGGAUCGCCGCGGCUGGCAAGAAGAGCUACACUUUUGUCGUUGGCAAAGUUAAUGCCGCCAAGGUCGCAAAUUUCAGCGAGAUUGGCGGUUGGGUGAUUAUCGGCUGUUGGGAGAGCUCAUUAAUUGAAAGCAAAGAUUUUUGGAAGCCUAUCAUUACUCCUUACGAAUUGGAGUUAGCGCUAAAAGAUGAUGAGGAAAGAAUUUGGACAGGCGAAUGGCGAGGAGACUUCCAAGGCGUACUUGACGAGGCCCAGUCGCAACGCGCCACUCAGCAGGCGAAUGGCGUUUCCAAAGAGAAGGGGCUUCAGACGGGAACUGAAGAAACUGCCGCCCAUGGCGAGGAUCCAGAUUCAGAGCCUGAGUCUGCACCUCCGGAGUUUGACCUUCGCACUGGACGCUAUGUUUCUCACACCCGGCCUAUGCAGUAUAUGCAGUACGCUUCCCCUUCGGAUGGCGCUAUUGGGAAUGGCAGCGGUGGUACUUCUGCCCCCAAGAGCGUCAAUGAUGCUCGCGGACCCGGCGCAUCCCUGGUCAAGCGGUUUGCUGGAGACUUGGCCACUGUAGGCGGGCAAGUGUCGCCCGGAGCCGAGUUCCUUCGCUCAAACAGGACGUGGAAGGGUCUCGGAAGCGAUUUUGAAAUCGCUUAUGACGAGGAAGGAAGCAACGAUAUUCAAGGCGCCCCUGUCGAGGAGGGAAGGAGCGGCAUUGCAAGAGGAUAUACUGUUGGUGAUGACGCUCCAAAGCGAUGAUUUUACGUGUAGAGCAAUCCGCAACAAAGACGGAGUAAAAAGCGGUUUCGUUUAGGUCUUUUUCAUGUAAUUAGAGGUUCAGAAGCUGGCACCAUCAGAUUCCCAGACAGCUUAUUAAAAGAAAUAUUGGUUGGAGACACCGGCUAGACUAUAUGCGUGACUUAUUUUGCAUUUUGUUCUGAGAUUGUUCUGAGAAGGGCCG